CCCUCUGAGCGGUCCGUGAGCACGCUCUCAGGAUGAACUGCAUGUCAGAUUUCUUCACCUACGAGACCACCAAGUCUGUGGUUGUGAAGAGCUGGACCAUUGGGAUCAUCAACCGGGCAGUUCAGCUUCUCAUCAUCUCCUACUUUGUGGGGUGGGUUUUCUUGCACGAGAAGGCGUACCAGGUGCGGGACACAUCCAUUGAGUCCUCCGUGGUAACCAAGGUGAAGGGCUUUGGACGCUACGCCAACAGAGUCAUGGAUGUGUCUGACUAUGUGACACCACCCCAGGGCACCUCCGUCUUUGUCAUCAUCACCAAGAUGAUCGUCACUGAAAACCAGAUGCAAGGGUUCUGCCCAGAGAGCGAGGACAAGUACCGCUGUGUAUCAGACAGCCAGUGCGGGCCCGAGCGCUUCCCGAAUGGGGGGAUCCUCACCGGCCGCUGCGUGAAUUACAGCUCCGAGCUCCGCACCUGCGAGAUCCAGGGCUGGUGCCCUGCCGAGGUGGACACGGUGGAAAGGCCUGUCAUGAUGGAAGCCGAGAACUUCACUAUUUUCAUCAAGAACAGCAUCCGUUUCCCCCUCUUCAACUUUGAGAAGGGAAACCUCCUGCCCAAUCUGACGGCCGCCGACAUGAAGACCUGCCGCUUCCACCCUGACAAGGCCCCCUUCUGCCCCAUCCUGCGGGUGGGGGAUGUGGUCAAGUUUGCGGGGCAGGAUUUUGCCAAACUGGCCAGCACGGGCGGGGUUCUGGGCAUUAAGAUCGGCUGGGUGUGCGACCUGGACAAGGCCUGGGAGCAGUGCAUCCCCAAAUACUCCUUCACCCGGCUGGACAGCGUUUCUGAGAAGAGCAGCGUCUCCCCCGGCUACAACUUCAGGUUUGCCAAGUACUACAAGUUGGAGAAUGGCAGCGAGUACCGCACGCUCCUAAAGGCUUUUGGCAUCCGCUUCGACGUGCUGGUGUACGGGAACGCAGGCAAGUUCAACAUCAUCCCCACCAUCAUCAGCUCCGUGGCAGCCUUCACCUCCGUGGGAGUGGGGACUGUCCUCUGUGACAUCAUCCUGCUCAACUUCCUCAAGGGGGCCGACCAAUACAAAGCCAAGAAGUUUGAGGAGGUGAACGAGACGACGCUGAAGGUCGCUGCCUCGGCCAACCCAGUGUUCCCCAGCGACCAGACCCCGGAGGAGAAGCAGUCCACUGAUUCAGGGGCCUUCUCCAUCGGCCACUAGGGCCCCCACCCAGGGCCCCACACUCACUGCUGGGCUCCAGG